GAUCCAGGAGAGGCGAUCCUGGAGGAAGGAGAACCGAAACUGUGUGGUGGAGUGCAGCGUUCCCCUCGGUCCAGCUCAAGACUGUGUCAAGUACAGUACAGGCCGGGGAAAGUACAGUGAAGUCCUGAGUUUGUCGGGUAGAAGUCGCUGUGGGCUGAAGAGUGAGUAGGAGAUUUAAACCGCCACCAUGUCGAGCAAAAAGGCAAAGACCAAGACCACCAAGAAGCGCCCUCAGCGCGCAACAUCCAACGUGUUCGCCAUGUUUGACCAGUCCCAGAUCCAAGAGUUCAAAGAGGCGUUCAACAUGAUCGACCAGAACAGGGAUGGCUUCAUCGACAAGGAGGACCUGCACGACAUGCUUGCUUCUCUAGGGAAGAAUCCCACCGACGCCUACCUGGACGCCAUGAUGAACGAGGCUCCAGGCCCCAUCAACUUCACCAUGUUCCUCACCAUGUUUGGUGAGAAGCUCAACGGCACAGAUCCUGAGGAUGUCAUCAGAAAUGCCUUCGCUUGCUUUGACGAGGAAGCAACAGGCACCAUCCAGGAGGACUACCUGAGGGAGCUGCUGACCACCAUGGGCGACCGCUUCACAGAUGAGGAAGUGGAUGAGCUGUACAGGGAGGCCCCCAUCGACAAGAAGGGGAACUUCAACUACAUCGAGUUCACACGCAUUCUCAAGCACGGGGCAAAGGACAAGGACGACUGAGGAGCUCGGCUGAAACUCCUGCCGCAUCACCUUACUCCAUUCCCCACACUUCGUCCUCCUUCAUAGGAAGGACCUAUGCAUGCCGCUUGGUUUCACAGCUUUGCCUCUUUUUUAAUGUAUUUAUUCCAGACCUUUCUGUCACUUAGCACGUGUAUAAUCAGACUGGAAACGGGGACAUUGUUGUAAAUUGUAUUGAAAAUGAGAUGCGAAUAAAAAUCAACAGGUGUGAAAGCCCAGGAAAAUAUA